CGUGCUCUCCCGUCACCGGCCCGACGGCCGUUCGUCAACAUCAACAACAAUCAUUCAAAUGAUCUUUGGCUGAUCGCACGCUUCGGAGCUGCCGGGGUUCUUAACCACACUCAACGCCUUCCAAGCCAUGGACUAAUUGCUUGUUUGACCCCGACCCCGUUCUGUUUAACCUCGAUUUCCUUCUACUCCAGCUCGCCGGUCCUCGCGGCAAGGCCCCCCGCCGCCACCAUGGACGAGGUGAGUCCGUUCGCCGAGGUCCUGGGCCAGGCCAUCUACCAUUUCACCGUUAUUAAACCUCUCCUGCCAACCUACGGUCAUCUGCUCGUCUCGGCUCUCUUUCCCAUCUACAUUGGCGCGCAUGCCUCCCUCUCCAAGCCAUCGUCGGCCGUCAAAUCCCCGAAGAAAUCGCAAGAAGAUGGAUACGAGUCGGACACGGAUGAGGACGAAAGCUUGGGCGAUACCCAGAAGAUGGAGGGCCUGGCACCAAGCGAUGCGCUGAUGUUCCCACUGACUGCUGGUCUUACUCUGGGGGGGCUGUAUCUGGUGAUCAAGUACAUGGGUGCCGAUCUUCUGAACAAGAUCCUCGGCUACUACUUCUCCCAGAUGGGCAUGCUCUUUGCCAUAGCCUUUCUGAAAGACGGCUUCGCGGUCAUGAGGUCAUUUGUCUUUCCUCGAAAGUACAGCGGUUCCGGCAGGAUUUGGAAGCCGAAGCCGGCCGAACGCGUCUUUCAAGGGGCCCGGCCAGAGGGUUCCAGCGAGGAGUCUUGGGAAGUCCGAUAUUCGCCCCUCCCCGGGGUCUUGGGCGCGAUUCCUCUGCUACAUACCGCUCGUGCAGCUCUUUGGUCCGCCCGUGAGGUGGCAUAUUGGCGGGCGAGACUUCGGGUCCAUGUACAUCGUGUACUCCACGUGGAAUGUUGGCUCAGCGUGCUUGACCUCCUCAGCGUCGCUGUGGCUUUACCUGCCAUCGGCUAUUUCACCUUCGUCACCAAGCCGUGGUGGCUGACCAACUUCCUGGGCUUCAGUUUCUGCUACGGCACGCUGCAGUUCAUGUCUCCGUCGACCUUCAUAACCGGGUCACUGAUCCUGGGAUCUUUGUUUUUCUAUGACAUCUACUUUGUCUACUUCACUCCGUUGAUGGUGACGGUGGCAAAGACCCUGGAUGUUCCGAUCAAGCUCCUGUUUCCGCGUCCUGCGGGACCCGGCGAAGCACCCGAUACCAUCUCCUUGGCCAUGCUAGGACUGGGCGACAUCAUCAUUCCCGGUAUGAUGGUGGGCUUGGCGCUCCGGUUCGACCUCUACCUGUACUACAAGCGGAAGGGCAUGCACAAGGCGCGAGCGGAGGGCCACGGCUCGGAGGUUGUCAGACCUGUGUAUCAGUCCGCGACGGGCGGAUGGGGCGAGCGCUUCUGGACCCGCUCGGUUACACCCAGCGAGCCGGAGCUGGAACCUCCGUACCAUGACGCUCGAUCGUUUCCCAAACCCUACUUUACCGCCAGCAUCAUUGGAUACGUGCUGGGGAUGCUUGCGACUCUAGUCGUCAUGCAGAUCUUUGACCAUCCCCAGCCGGCGCUUUUGUAUCUGGUACCGGGGGUUCUACUCUCGCUGUGGGGGACUGCGUUGGUGAGAAAAGAGAUCCACGAGAUGUGGGAGUUCAGUGACGCAGAAGAGGAAGAUGAGAAUCCCAGUGUGGCGGAUGCGGCGGCGGAGGAACCUAUCGAAGCUGGCAGGCAGGCCAGCCUUUUCUCCCGCAUCUUCUCCAUGCCCAGCGAUAGCUCAUCCAAGAAGCCGGCGAAAACGGACGCGGCGAGCAACCAAUCCCUGGACCGGAAGACCGAGAACACAUCGGCAGCCAACGAUGACCAACAGGAUUCCUCCCCGAAGCUCGAGCUGUUCACCGUUUCUUUGUAUCAUCCCUCAAAACGCGAGCCUAAGAAGCCCAGACGCUCGACGGAACGUGGGCAGUCUCCCGAGGAUGACGAGAAUUGGGCUCUGGUUGGAGCCGUCGAACGGGAUGCUGAACCUCCGGCCAAGCGCUUGCGCCGGAGUCCGCGCCAACACUAACGAAGUCACUUUGGGAUUCUGGCGAUCUUGGUGGCUAGCUAGCAUUGGGUCCAUAAUAAGCGGAGAUGCAUGAAAUACUCGCCUGCCCUGUAGAUAGAUGACCUACCGUAU